UUCAUUUUUGUAGUCGGUGUUUUGAAUUUUUGGAAAUCGCAAAUAUAAAAACAAUUAAGUAUUUUUAAGAAUUAACAAUCAAAAGGUUUGCUAAAAUAGUUACGGAUAUGCCGCGUGGAAAAAUGAAAACACUUGCGGAAGGUUCUAGUGUCGAUAACAAAAUAAAUACCAAUCCUAAAGACCUUGAAGUUGAAACUCAAGUUAAUAAUAUUCCUGAUUUAAAUAAGUUUAAAUUCGAGAAAAAGCCUCAUGUGAAAAUAGAGUUUGAAAAGGAUUCUCCAAUAAAAGAAGAGGGUAAAGGACUGUGGGAGCCACCACAUUGGAAAGAGUUUUUGAUUAAUUUGAGGAACAUGAGAUCUAACCACGACGCCCCAGUAGACUCCAUGGGAUGUCAUAUGAGUAUGGACAAAGAUGCUUCCCCAAAAAUAAUAAGAUAUCAAAGUCUGAUAUCAUUAAUGUUGUCAAGUCAAACCAAGGAUCAAGUGACAUUUGCAGCUAUGGAACGCCUCCGGGCCAGAGGACUCACAGUUGACAAUGUGCUGAACAUGAGUGAUGAAGAGUUUGGCCAGCUGAUUUACCCUGUUGGAUUUUGGAAGACCAAAGUGAAAUAUAUAAAGAAGACAACACAGACCUUGAAGGAUCACUAUGACAGUGAUAUACCAGAUUCGGUGGAGAAACUCUGCAAGCUCACUGGCGUAGGACCAAAAAUGGCACAUAUUUGUAUGAAAGUUGCAUGGAAUAAAGUUACUGGCAUUGGUGUAGACACACAUGUCCACAGGAUCAGCAACAGAAUAGGCUGGGUCAAGAAACCCACCAACACCCCCGAGGAGACCCGUAAAGCGCUAGAAACAUGGUUACCACUUGACUUAUGGGGUGAAGUCAACCACUUAUUGGUGGGAUUCGGACAAACAAUAUGUUUACCUAUAGGCCCUAUGUGUCAUGAAUGUUUAAAUAAUGAUAUCUGCCCUUCGAGUGAUAAAGGCAGGAAAUCUCCUAAUAAAAAGUCACCAAAAAAAGUUAAAGAGGAGUUAAAAGUUGAUGUAAAUGAUGAUUUUGUUGAAGAUACACAAACACAAAGCGAUAAAUCAACAACAAUCAGUCUACCAAAUGAUAAAAGAAGGAAAUCUCCUAAUAAAAAAUCACCAAGGAAAUUAAAAGAAGACAUUAAAAUUGAGAGAGUUGAUUUAGAUGGUGCAUCGACUAACUUUGUUAAAGAUAUGAAAAUCAAUGAUAAUUCAACAGAAAUGACCAGUCUAAUCAAUGAUAAAAAAAGAACAUCUAAUAAAAAAACUAGGAAAGCAAAAAUGGACAAUAUUGAGUUGGACAGUGCAUCAACUAAUUCUGUAAAAGGUGAACCAAUAAAAAAGCUUAAUUCAAAAGUAUUGAGUCCAAGCAAAAUCAAAAGAGAAGUUGAAAAUGUAGAAGAUGACCAGAAUCAUGAUUAUACUACAUUGAAUACAAAUACAGGACUAUUCAAAAUGGAUAUUGAUAAAAUAACAGGGACCACCAAUCCAAAUCCCCUAGAAAUGCCUGAGGAAUCAAAAACAGGUGUGAAAAGAAAGUCUCCUAGAAUCGCUAAUAAAAAUAGUUCAACAGACAAUUAUUUAUCUGAGAAAAAAGAAAUAGUUAACAAACCUAUGAAAACCAGAAAGAAAACAUAAGAGAAUCAUUGUUUCAUUACCUGAUGUUAGCAGUUAGUACCUGAAGUAGGUCAAAAAAACUCUCUCACAAACCCUUUUUAAACUUGUAUUGUAAAGUCCAAAAUCCAUGCAGAUUGCAAAGUGAACAGUAAUAUAAUAUUAUUAUGUCCAUUUCAUGCUUUUAAAGCACUGACCUUGUUAGAAAUGGACUGGUGUGUAACCCACCCAUUCAUUUUAAUCAAAUAAAAUAAAUGGUGCAAAUGAGGGUUUAUUGUGCAUGUAAGCUUAAUAUUUGGAAAUUAAAAUCAUGUUAAUAAUUAUAUAACUGUAUUUUUGAUUAAUAUACCUUAUUGUAAUACAAAUUAGACUAGUUAGCUGUACAACAGCGGUGCAAAGUACAGUGAUAGAAAACUAAGUAGUCCUAUCUGAAGUUGCAACAUGGUGGUUUGCCAAGGUCAUAGACUAAGGAAUAAACACAAGCCUGGCUGAAAUCUUUUUGUACAAUGCUGUCAUGUGCCUUGUUUUCAGAUUGAACUGCUUGUUUUAGUGCACACCAUAGAUUUGUUUCAAGCUAGGAAAAUAUCAAUCAGUAACAUCCAAAA